AAGCAGCCGGUCAAAUCAGCUGAAGUAAAAAUGCGAGGUAAAAUUUUUAAAAAUUUGAUUUGAUUACUUUGGUUUAGCUAUGUUUUCUUAAUUAUUCUGUUUGUUAAUAUUAAAUUUUACAUCUAUUAAGUGCUGUGAAUGGAGGAUUGGAAUAUAAAGCAAAUCUUGAUUCGUCAAAUAUUGUUUGAUAGAAGGGUAAAAUAAAAAAGAUACUUACUGCUCGUGAAAAUCGGACAUCGUUGAAGUUUUUGUUGAUUUGUUAUGAGAUCCAUAAGGAUUUGGUCAGUUUUAUCUUGAACGGAGGAAAAUUUACCAAUAACGUUAUCGACUUCUUUUACGACAUUAAUUAUACAAUCCAUUGCUACGUGUUCCGAGCUCGUACCAAAGAGUAAACAUACAAAACAAUUGCAACUUCCCGAUUUUUGACUGGUACGACGGUGUCCUCCUGUGUACCUAUUUAGGACAACUUGUAAAAAACCAUUGUAAAAACAGUAAUCUGUGAUUUUUCCAAAGAAUGGAAAAGAUUGAUAGGAAUUAGGAGAGUAAAAAGCUUACCUAUUUUCGGCCUCUGGAUUGGAGCAACUUUGGAUUGAUAAAAUUGUUAAUACAUAAAAUAUUUCUGGGUUUGGACUUGAGCCUCAUAUUAUAUUCGCAUUGAAUCCAUCUCUGAUAUUUUAAUUAAAAACAAUAAUGGAGCACUCAACUCAAUGUCCAGUUUGUGGCAAAAAUUUGGAAGGAUCAUUUGAAGCAACAACAUCCCAUGUUAACAUGUGUAUGGAUAACAAAGAAAGUUUAGACGCAAUAGGAAAUAUUUUUAGUAGUGAAAUAGCAUCAGCUGCUCUGGAUGGAAAAAGAACCUUCAAAUAUUGUCCCAUUUGUUAUAAGUUGUCAGGUGUGAAUGCAAGACAUAUCAAAUCAUGUGGUAAAUUCAAAGGAAUUGACACCAGAGAAUUGAUCCGUAUGUGUGAAACUGAACCUGAAGCUGCUAAGACAACAAAUAAUAAAUCAACUAAAGCAGCUAAAAGUAAAGCAUCAAAGAAGGCUAAAGAUAGUCCUUUCGGUCCUGGUUGCACAAAAGAAGUUGACGAUGACCCAAAAAAAUCUUUAAAUCAACCUAAAACCAAGCAACCAUCAGAGUUUUUAUUUAAACCAAAGAAACCACCAAAACCAAGGAAGCAAGUCGAGAAAAAGGAGAAAGAACCAGUUGCAAGAAAACGUAAAACGAAAGUUACAAAGGGUAAAAUUGAUCUCAAUCAAUCUAUAUUACAACCAAGCACAAGUGGUUUGAUGAUAAAAUUAACAAAACCAAUUGGCAUAUCAAGUGGUGAGCUAACCAAACUUAGCAUAGAGGAGAAAAAGGAGCGCAUCAGAAAUCGAAUUGGUCUCAUCAUGUCCAGAAUUAUUUGUCCUAAUAAUUUUGUCUCAAAUUACUUCCAAAAUGAAUUACCUUACUCAUGGACUUUAUCAUCUUUGAAUAACAAUCAAAUUAAAUACGUUGUUGAUGGCUUCGAGAGAUUUUGCUCCGAAUCGCAGGAAAUUACCGAUAAAGACGAGACUUUUUCCUUUAUUGAAAAUUUUCCUGAUCCAGUGAAGGAAACGAACCAAGAAAAAGCAAACACUGAAGACCAUAGUGCCAAUAUCUCAACGGAUAGUGUUUCAUCAAAUUUAUCCGAGGACAAAUGUUUUGACACAACUGCUAACACAGGCAUGCUUGGAUUGCCAGAUUUAACCUUUAGCACACCAGACAAGAUAAAUGAUCGUUUUGAUAUUUUUGGCAAAAGUGAUCGAGAUUCCCCUGAUAUUCCAUCAUCACAACCAGUUCCUAAAUCAAUUUAUGCCUGACUCAACCUUCAAUCAUUCGGAACAAGCAUAUUCUUUGUUCAAGAAAGAAAAACUUUUGCUAUUUAAUAAUUUCAAUGAAAUUCCCUUUUUCAGUCUUACAAAGCAUUUAAACGCAUGAAUUGCAUGAACUUUUAUUUUAAUUUCACAUGUAUGAUAAAUUGUUAUAUUGAAUAUUUUACCAGCAAAAAAGACAAAGUUGUUUACAUAAAUUUCUUAUAUAUCUUAA